AUUCUCAAGAAGCCUUCUGCGAGUCCUGGCUAGUUACACCAGGCAACACAGAAUGAUUUCAACAUUGCCAAUGGCAAUGGCAAUCAUGCCAAUGGCAAUGAUGAGUGAGUGAGAGUAGUUGGCAGCCAUUAAAUGAUCUACAAAUUUGACUUUAUACCUCAGGCUCACCUUUUUUAUAACACAGCUACAGUUGAGUUUACAGCUACACAGUCGACUGGGAAAUUCAGCAGACUCAAUUUCCGCACUUGCAGUCACUGCACUCGUACUCUGCUCUGCAUGCAAUGCCAAUGCACACGUGUCUUGCGUAAUCAUUCAAAAUGGCAGCGACCGUGAGACUUGUUUUGAUGUGCAGGAGAGUGAUCUUGUUUUCUCGUUUUAAUGUGAAGUCCUUGAGACAGCUGUCAACGUCGGCGAUUUCUCAUAAACCCGAGAAGAAUGCAUCUUUCGACAAAGCACUUUUAGAAGUUCUCGUGUGCCCAAUCUCCAAGCAACCAUUGAGGUACGAUGCUGAGAGCAAUGAACUCAUUAGCGAUGCCAUUAAUGUAGCAUACCCAAUCAGGGAUGGUAUCCCUAAUCUGGUCCCUACUGAUGGAAGGAUAUUGAAAGAUAACACAGAGAAAGGAUCACAGUCUGAUGAUGGCACUCCCGUAUGAAAGAAUAAAUAAGAAUGAUAUCCCUAAUCUGGUCCCUACAGAUGGAAGGAUAUUGAAAGAUAACACAGAGAAAGGAUCACUGUCUGGAGAUUGGACUCCAGUAUGAGAGAAUCAAUUAAGAAUGGUAUCCCUAAUCUGGUCCCUACAGAUGGAAGGAUAUUGAAAGAUAUCACAGAGAAAGGAUCACUGUCUGGAGAUUGGACUCCCGUUUGAGAGAAUCAAUUAAAGAGUUGUAUCCCUAAUCUGGUCCUUUCAGAUGGAUGUUGAAAGAUAACACAGAGAAAGGAUCACUGUCUGGAGAUUGGACUCCAAAAUGACACAACCUUUGAACAUAUUCCUGAAGCAAAAUAGCCUCGCAUUUUCAUAACAAAGGAAGACUAAAAUACUGGUACUGAUACACUGAAUGAAUACGAGGAAUUUUCAUUUGGGAUGAAAAGGGGAUUUGACUUGCUGUCUUGUAUGAUAGAUCAAAAUACAUGGAUACUCUAUUCUCAGUGUUACGGUAGUCAAUUUGUCAUUUAACAUAGAUAUUAAAGGUAAAAUAAAAAUAAUUUGUAAUGUUAAUGCAAUAAAACUGUUUAACAAGGGUAUAUUGUGACAGAAGUGAGGAUGUCUAUCAUAGUGAUGAAAUUGAAGAACUUUGUAAGGAGUCGAGGAUAUGAUAGAACAUCAUCUCCAUGUAACUCUAUCAACAGAAAUGUGUCAUCAAUUGCUCAAGUAUCAUCUUUCUGCGAAAAGGUUAACUCAAUUCAGAUGAAGAAAAUUUGGGUGUUUCUCAAAUGCAAAUGCAAAUUAAAAAAAACUGUGUAGAUGUAUUUAUACCUCCCAGUCGGAUACUAGGUCAAACAAAACAAAGGUAUACAAAUUCACAACAUAUUUUUUUUUCCAUCUGUAUUUAUUUAAAAAUUGACAAUCUCAGACGUAGAGAUACAUUUUGCUGUACCAAUGUAUUUACAAAUGUACAAACAGAGCAAGUCAUAAACAUAAAUGACAAAAAAUAUAUUUUCUCACACAAUUCACUAUGCUUCAUCAUUUUCAAUGAGACAGACAUGAUAAAAUUUGAAAUCAAAGCCUGCAACAAUGUUACAUGCAGCCUUUAAAUUGACACAUAAUGAUGGGACAUAUUAUGUUCACAAAACUAUUUCAACUUUGAUCAAUUAAAAUGUGAAGGCUCCCCUUUUGUACUCAUGAAAAAUAUGGGGGCAUCGUGGUCUAGUGGUUAUACUCUAUAAUCUUCCAAUCAGAGGGACGUGGGUUUGAAUCCCAGCCAAGGUGUGUGUUUAACCUUCAGCAAGAAAUUUACCCACAUUGUGCUGCACUCAAUCCAGGUGAGGUGAAUGGGUACCCAGCCGGAUAAAUUCCUUAAUGCACUGAGCACUGGAAGGCUGCUUGAGCUACAGCCAGGGUAAUAAUUAUAUUAAAUAAUGCGCCUCAGAAAGAUAGUUGGCGCUAUAUAAAUGCCUAUGAUUAUUAUUUAUAAAACAUUAUAUAUUGGAUCAUAUCAUCAAUUCGCUGCGAUAAAACAUAAUGCUGACAAUAUAUCAGAGGGCUCUACAAGUACAUUAUAAUCCCAGUCAACAAGAUUUAUUUGGCAUUGUCUGUCUUGAAUGUAUACAUAUUCUCCACAUGGCCCCGGGAAGCGGGGUUACUCGAGCAACCCCAAGAUUUUUCUGGGGGUGCUGCGAAUAUUAUACACCAUAGGCAGCACCUCCUUGAAAUCAGGUCGAUAUGCUACAAUAUAGGAAUUUGACCAAAAUAACCCUUAUUCUGGGGUGAAAACCUUGUUUUGCUUGUCAAAUUGUUAAAAGAAAAAAAACAGCACUCCCUUUUCAAAAAUCGUUCCCUGGCCCCUGAUUCUACUCUUCCUGGAGAGUAUUUUGAGUCUGGAAUACUAUGCAUAACCUUUUAAGAUUUAAAAGAUUACACUCAGUUAAUUAGCAUUAAAAAAAGUCAGAUCAGAUCAGUUUGUGCAAAGCAUGUGUUAAUGAUGUAUGGUAGUCCAGAUAGUUCAGUCGGUACAUAAAGUUAACUUAUGUUAAUAACCCAUUGAACUGGGCUAACAAGUUAAUGAGCCAGAUCUUUCUUGUGAGGCAAUAAUCCUUAUUGACAAGCCCUUUGGAUAGGCCUUCAAGCAGUUCACUGCUCUUACAUACAAUGAAUUAUUUUUCCUCAGUAAUUGCGAAAAAAUCCAACAUGUAUGAUUAUAAUUGGUCUUGAUUCAUGGAAAUAUUGAUUACCAAUUACCUGUUCCUUUAAAAAAAAAUGUUUAAAAGUGAGAGAAAAGUGAUGCAAUUAUUCACAAGCUUAUGUUGCAUAAAUUUAUGGUAACUUUGCUAUCAGUGUAAUUACCAUGGUAACAUGUCUUAGCCAAUCAAAAUCAAAGUUUAUAUUUAAUUUCCUAUAAUGGCCAAGUAAUAUAUGAUUUUUGCUAUACCAUGUAAAUAAACAAAUAUUAAGAUGAGGAAUCAUGUGACAGUUGUCCCAAAUAAAAAAAACCUUAAAGCAAGAAA